AUGCUUUACCGGAGAUCCACGACUGCGAGGGCCGUUACCGAGUCCGAGAUCUAUCCGUACCCCCACGGGUUAUCCCCUCACCCCACAUCGAACCGUCCCGACGACGGCAACACCACUACAAUGCCGAUUCGCCACACCCUCUCCGACCGGCUCCUCGAGUACACAGGCACCAUCUCAGCCAGCGAUGCCAACAAGCAGAUCCUCGACAAACUCGACGUCGAACGCGAGCGCGGCAUCACCGUCAAAGCGCAAACCUGCACCAUGAUCCACCGCUCCGCGCGCGACGGGCUCGACUACCUGCUCCACCUGGUCGACACCCCGGGCCACGUGGACUUCCGCGCCGAAGUGACGCGCUCGUACGCCUCGUGCGGCGGCGCCCUGCUGCUGGUGGACGCCUCGCAGGGCGUGCAGGCGCAGACGGUGGCAAACUUCUAUCUGGCCUUCGCGCAGGGGCUGGCGCUGGUCCCCGUGGUGAAUAAAAUUGAUCUGCCGACGGCGGAUGUGCAGCGCGCGUUGGAGCAGCUGGAGAGUGUCUUUGAGUUGGAUACCUCGUUUGCGGUGAGGGUGAGCGCCAAGACGGGCCAUGGCGUGGGGGAGAUCCUGCCCGCGGUGCUGGAGCAUGUGCCGGCGCCGGUGGGGGAUACGGCCAAGCCGUUGAGGAUGUUGUUGGUGGAUUCGUGGUAUGAUACGUUUAAGGGGGUGGUGUUGCUGGUGAGGGUGUUUGAUGGGACCGUGAGGGCGGGGGAUAAGCUGGCGAGUUUGCAGACGGGGAAUGAGUAUAUUGUGGGGGAGGUGGGUAUCCAGUAUCCGAACCAGGUGCCGCAGAAGGUGUUGCGCGCGGGGCAGGUUGGAUAUGUGCACUUCAACCCCGGGAUGAAGAGGAUUCAAGACGCCAAGAUUGGGGAUACCUUCACGACAGUGGGGUCGGAGAAAGCCGUCGAGGCGUAUCCGGGGUUUGAGGAACCCAAGCCGAUGGUUUUCGUCGCGGCGUUCCCGACGGAUCAGGGUGAUUACACGAAACUCGCGGACAGCAUUGGGCAGUUGGUGCUCAACGAUCGUAGUGUCACGCUGCAGAAGGACUUCUCUGAGGCUCUUGGCGCCGGAUGGCGGUUGGGCUUUUUGGGGAGUCUUCACUGCUCGGUCUUCCAGGACCGCCUUCGUCAAGAGCACGGCGCCGACAUCAUCAUCACGGAGCCGGCGGUCCCGACAAAGAUCGCCUGGAGCACCGGCGGCGCGGAGACGAUCAUCACGAACCCUGCCGACUUCCCCGAGGGCGAAGACGUCCGCAUGCGCAAGGCCAUUACCUUCGAGCCGUACGUGCUCGCCACCAUCACACUGCCCGACGAAUACUUAGGUAGGGUCAUCGAGAUCUGCGAGAACGCCCGCGGUCUCCAAAAGAGCCUCGAGUUCUUCCACGCUACGCAGGUCAUCCUCAAAUAUGAGGUGCCCAUGUCGAGCUUGGUUGACGAUUUGUUCGGAAAGCUGAAGGGCGCCACCAAGGGCUACGCCACGUUAGACUACGAGGACGCGGGGUGGCGGGAGAGUCAACUGGUCAAGAUGAACCUGUUGGUUAACAAGGAGCCCGUGGACGCCAUUGCGCGCGUGGUUCACGCCAGCCAAGUAGACCGGCUGGGCAGGCAGUGGGUGACCAAGUUCAAGGAGCACGUCGACAGGCAGAUGUUUGAGAUCAUCAUCCAGGCCGCCGUGGGCAAGCGCAUCGUCGCCCGUGAAACCAUCAAGCCCUUCCGCAAGGAUGUCCUAGCCAAGCUGCAUGCCAGCGAUAUCUCGCGCCGCAGGAAACUGCUCGAGAAGCAAAAGGCGGGCCGCAAGCGCCUCCGUGCCGUUGGCAACGUCGUCAUCGACCAGUCAGCGUUCCAGAAAUUCUUGUCUAGGUGA